GAUUUACUCGUCUCACACUCACUCGUUUACAAUGGCGCAGCCUCCCUUGCCCUCGACAUUCAUUCAGAAUAAUGCUCAGCGUCCGUCCGAUGGCUGGCUUCGCAACCCAGCAUGGAUAGAUGGUGGUGUCAAUCCGCCCCGUUACUACCGCACUCAUCAUGAAAUUGCUGAAGCGUUACAAGCUGCGGCUCCAGCGGCUCGCCAGACUCCGAAUUUGGCUCCUGUGACGAUGCCAGAGGCUGCUGUAAUGGCAGCUCAACCGGCCGUUCAAAAUGAAUCACUUGUAGAUGGUUCGACUGCACCAGCACAUCACCUUGUAUAUGUGUGCAUGAUGUCUUCCGUGAUCGAGAAGCCACCUGGUCGAAAUGCCAAAACCUCGACAAAGAAGGACAAGACCAUCAAGUCCGACUAUAUCAAGAUCGAAGGCAGCUCUCGCGCUGACUUCAUCAAGGCUUUCUUUGGGGUUCACGAUCUUAGUGAUCAGUUCAGUCCCGGUGUUCAUUCGGGUCCGCCUUUCAAGAUCUGGUGGAGCGGAUCAAGUGGUGGCCGCACCAAUGCUUCGACUGUUGAGAAAGAUCGUGAUUUUGAAGUUUCGGUUGAGAAUCUCUUGAAGAAGAAAAAGGGCUCUUGUGUUGUUCACGUCGAGUUUGAUACUGACACCUUGGACGGCUAUAGGAUUCGUAAGAGGCUAUUCUCGCAAACUGAAACAUCUCAAGAUCAAGAAGACGAGCUUCUUUAUGGAACGAGGGUUCCUCAUGUCGAUAAUUUUUCAGAAGCUGCACAGCUUCAUGGUUCAAUCAUCGUGCAACUGAAGCAGAAGUGGACUUGUGAGAAGCACCAGGGUGAACAUGGCGAGCAAGGCUAUUGCUAUGUGACGCCAGCUGGUGAGCACAUUGGUUUGAACAUGCGAAAGCUCAAGAUGUGGGCAGCUGCCAUUGCUGCUGCUGAUGCUACGAAACACGAGCCACCAAAUACGGGAGAUUUCGAUGGGCUCCGUGAUGGACGAGCUGACACUGGUUCCAAGCCACGCGGACGUUGUGGACCACGGGGGGCUUCAAUGUCAACUGAUCCAAUGACAAUCCUCCUCGCUUCUAUGAUUCCACUCAUUACAAAUCAGCUCUCUUCAGUUACUCGAAACAUAGCAGCUACUUCAGCCUCACCCUCAGAGCCCCCUUCGACUCCAACCCGACACUCUCGUGAUCCUUCUCCCCCGCUGUCACCUGCCCCCGCUGCUGGAUCUGAAGUACAAGCAUGCUUGCAGAACUUUUUACAGGCAAAGGGCAUUGAUCUUCUCGAUGCAAAACAAGCCUUGACUGAUUUUGAACUCACUCCGGAUAUCAUUGCUGAUAUUCCUGUCUCUCGACUUUGUGAAGUUCUUGGGACAGUUGAAGGGCGAGCUCGGAAGUAUCAGAUUUUCGCCAAGGAGUGGAGUGAGCGUCUGGAAUCGAAGAGGCGCCGUCUUCGUUAGUUGCUUGAUUUUCAAGGCUGCUUACACUCGUUUAAUGACUUAUGGCACAUAACAUUCAUUUAUCAUAGUCAAUUUGCAGCAACACGCUAUAAUGUCAAGAGUAACCACAAU